GUCGUCACGAUUUGCUGAAUCACACAAACUUCCGCAUCGUUAAAACUUUGGAGACAACGAGACACGGUCAAUGUCCGGCUACCACAACUGUUUGUAGAUAUCUGCUGUAUCUUUUAGGAGUCUAAACAAUUGCUGGAGUUUUAGAGUAGCCUCAGUUAGUAAAAGUAACUUUUCCUCAAGUGUUUAGAACGUUCGUUUUGGGGUAUUUCAUCGCGCAAUGAUUGGAGCCAUUACACAUACCGCAUAUGACAACUGACCAGCCGAACAAGCCGAAAAACUGUGGUUUUCAUUUGAAUGGAGUGGAUUAUUUUGACUCUGAUGCGCAUUUUCCCGCUGCUGUACUGAACCUUGAGAAAUGAAGCUCGGCAGGCAUUUCACAGUUUUUGGCAGUGCCAUUUUCUGUGUGGUGGUAUUCUCAUUGUACCUCAUGUUGGAUCACCUUCAGUUAGACCACAUAAACAACCCAAGUAAUGGAGAGAGAUUUGAGAACGGGCAGUUGGGUAUCCUUCAGGACAAAAUAGAUCACCUCGAAAGAUUGCUUGCAGAGAAUAACAAAAUCAUUGCCAACAUCAGGGAUUCAGUGAUUAACCUGAGACCAUCAGUUAAGGAUGGCAGAGGGUUUCUGGAAGCUGGGAAUGAAAGCCAGGUGUUGGUGGUACCUUCUGCUCCACUGAUUGUGCCCAUUGACUUAGAGGACUGCCAGUUUUCUUCUCAGACCUAUUCUAAGGCUGCAGAUACUGUACAGAUGUUGGAUGUGUAUGAUUUACUCAGCUUUGAUAAUCCUGAUGGUGGCGUAUGGAAGCAAGGGUUUGAUAUCUCAUAUGAGGAGAAUGAAUGGGACGAUGAGCCUUUGCAAGUGAUUGUUGUUCCUCAUUCACAUAACGACCCCGGCUGGCUGAAGACGUUUGAUGACUACUACCGAGACCAGACGCAGCAUAUCCUAAACAACAUGGUGGUGAAGUUACAUGAAGAUAAACGGAGGAAAAUGAUCUGGUCUGAGAUCUCUUACUUUUCCAAAUGGUGGGACAACAUCGACCAUCAGAAGAAGGACGCUGUCAAGAAGCUUAUAGAAAGAGGCCAGCUGGAGAUUGCCACCGGAGGCUGGGUGAUGCCUGAUGAAGCGAACACGCAUUACUUUGCACUGAUAGAUCAGCUACUAGAGGGCCACCAGUGGUUGGAAAGAAAUUUGGGAGUGAAGCCCAGGACUGGCUGGGCUGUGGACCCAUUUGGCCACUCUCCCACUCAGGCCUACCUCCUGAAGCAGGCUGGCCUAUCCAACAUGCUCAUCCAAAGAGUGCACUACUCUGUAAAGAAGCAUUUUGCCAGCCAGAAGACCCUAGAGUUCUUCUGGAGACAGAAUUGGGACCAGCAGUCCAGCACAGACAUCUUGUGCCACAUGAUGCCAUUCUACAGUUAUGAUGUACCCCAUACUUGUGGUCCUGACCCAAAGAUUUGCUGCCAGUUUGACUUUAAGAGGCUGCCAGGGGGACGCAUCAGCUGCCCCUGGAGGGUUCCUCCUCAGGCCAUCACCGAUGAUAAUGUGCAACAGAGGGCUCUCAUGCUGUUGGACCAGUACAGGAAGAAGUCCAAACUCUACAGGACCAAGGUGGUUUUGGUUCCACUGGGUGAUGACUUCCGCUACACAGAGGCUCAGGAAUGGGAUCAGCAGUUCAAUAACUACCAGAAGCUUUUUGACUACAUGAACUCGCAUCCUGAGCUUCAUGUACAGGCCCAGUUUGGUACCAUAUCGGAUUACUUUGAAAUUCUGCGCAAAAAUGUUGGCAUGGACAAGGUUGGCAUGAGUGUGGGACUGUCACCUUUUCCUGUACUAAGUGGUGAUUUCUUCACAUACGCUGACAGAGAUGACCACUACUGGAGCGGUUACUUCACUUCUAGACCAUUUUACAAACAGCUGGACCGCACACUAGAGUCCCACCUCAGGGCAGCUGAGAUUCUUUAUUCUCUAGCCUUUGCUAGUGUUCAAAAGUUUGGAAAGCCUAACAACUACCCUGCAGCAGAGAAUUAUAAGUUGCUAACUGCAGCAAGACGAAAUCUGGGCUUGUUCCAGCACCAUGAUGCAAUUACAGGCACAGGAAAAGACUGGGUUGUAGUGGAUUACGGAACCAGAUUGUUUCAUUCUAUUUUGAAUCUGAAGCGAGUGAUUGUAAGCUCAGCUCACUGGCUGGUGCUUGAUGACAAACAAACAUACACUUAUGACCCUGCAAAUCCACUACUUCAGAUAGAUGAAGUCCAGCCAGCUCAGGAUGCCUUACCACGCAAAACUGUCUUUAAGAUCAGUACAACACAAAGGGCAUUGGUGGUAUAUAACCCCAGUGAGCAGACCAGGACCUCAGUGAUUAGUAUCUAUGUGACAACUCCACAUGUGCAUGUACUUACUGCCCACGGACAGCUGGUCAAUGCACAGAUAAGUGCAGUCUGGGAAGAUGUCAGCCAUGCAUCCACAGAAGCCUUCCAGUUAUCUUUUGUAGCCAGUGUGCCACCGUUGGGCCUGGCUGUGUACCAGCUUUGUAAGGGUGCAGAGCCACAGUCUGAGUUGGCCCACUACAUGUUUCUGAAGGCUGGUGGAGACGUGUCCGUUACUGGGACAGAGCAUUUCAGAGUGUCUGUUCCCCAAGAAGCUGUCCCUGUGUCCAUGGAGAACCCCCACCUCCAGCUGUCCAUCUCUUAUACUACAGGACUAUUAGAGACACUGAAACUAAAGGAAGAUGGGUCAAAGCACUCAAUUAAAGUGGAGUUUUUAUGUUAUGGAACAACCAGCAAAAAGGACAAAAGUGGUGCCUACUUGUUUCUUCCGGAUGGAGAAGCUAUGAAAUGCUCUCCGUCCCAGCCUGCUGUGAUCCGAGUAACAAAAGGGCCUGUGUUCUCUGAGGUCACGACAACUUUUACGCAUGUCACGCACACUCUUCGGCUUUACAACAUCCAUGGAGUGAAUGGACAGGCUGUUGAGAUCAGUAACUCUAUAGACAUAAGAGGGGAGUUCAACCGUGAAAUUGCAAUGAGGAUAACAUCAGAUCUUAACAGCAAGGACCGUUUUUUCACUGACCUCAAUGGUUUCCAGGUGCAGCCCAGAAGAUCCAUGACUAAGCUGCCGCUGCAGGCUAACUUCUACCCCAUGACAAGCAUGGCCUACCUGGAGGACUCUGGCAGAAGACUAACCCUGCUCACAGCACAGUCUUUAGGUGCUACCAGUCUCAGAAGUGGUCAGCUGGAGGUGAUCAUGGACCGACGAUUAAACCAGGAUGACAACCGUGGCCUGGGCCAGGGAGUCUUGGACAACAAGAUCACUGCCAACUCGUUUCGUCUGCUGCUGGAGCUCUUUAACUCUGCCGAAGGGGCCCAGAGAGAAAACACUGCUCCAUUCAGCUACCCAUCUUUAUUGAGCCACAUCUCCUACAUGUACCUCAACCACCCGUUCAUGCCCAUAGUGACCAGUUUGGACUCAACUGUACUGGCCCUGGCCCCUUACAGCCCUCUGAGCUCACCUUUCCCUUGUGACAUCCACCUGGUGAACCUGCGCACCAUACAAUCUCAGAAGGAAGAGGGAGGCCCAUCUGAGCAGGCAGCUUUAAUACUGCACAGAAAAGGCUUUGACUGUAGCAUCUCCACUAAGAACACUGGGCUACUCUGCAGAACAACAGGUGGCAAGAUUCACUUAGAGAAACUCCUGACAGAACUGAAAGUUAUCAGCCUCAUUCCUGUCUCGCUGUCUUUGAUGCACCAAUCCCCAAGAGGACCAGUGGAACAGGAGAUCAACCUUAAACCAAUGGAAAUCUGCACAUAUCGUGUCCACCUGGCAUAAGUCAUGACUAGAAUGAAUUUGUCACUUAGGAUACACUAUAAAAAGUCCCUAGGAAUCUGCUCAGUGUUGUCUAAUGGAGUAUAAUAAACAAAGAUUAGGUUUUAAUUUGGGGAAUUUGAAGAAGCAUUUAAGGCAUGAUUCCAGUUUACCGGAUUCUGCAAGUUUCCAGCAGCAUCUCUCUUUUCUGUUUGAUCUUCAUCCAUGUGAUUAAGUGAUAAUUAUUUAUUUAUUGUUGUUCUGUUGUGGUGGUUUCUGACUGGGACUUUGUGAAAAAGUGCAAUAUUCAUUUUCUAAGGUUUUUUUCCCUACCCACUCAGGUUUUGUCUUCCUUUAAAAUAGCUUACAGUCCCAAGUUGUAAUUAGUUGUUUAUUCAUUAAACAUAGAGUCUCCAAGAGAGGCAGAUGAAUCCAUUAGUCGUGGUUGUAUACUUGGACUGUGGAAAAAAUAUAAAUCUUCAUUUGAAACUGAAAACUACACUGAUCAGAAAAUACAAAGAACUUUUUGUCCUCAAAAACAUUUUGCAAUUUUUGUAGCCCUUAGUACUAAAUGAAAUCUGACAGAGUGAAAUAUAACUGGUAAGAUAAUUCUGUGUUAAUUACAGUUGUUAUGUGGGUGACUACUCAGACACACACACAGACACACAUAUAUACACACACACACGUUUUCUUAGCCACUUCUCCCGCAGGGUCGCGGGGUAUGGGUGACUAGUGGUGUUUUUUAGUAUAAAGUUCUAGUAUAAACACAUGCCACACUCUUACUGAUUAUCCGAAUGGAGAUGCAUACAUGAUAUUGGACAAACUAAUGUUAAAAUUAUAACUGUAAUAAGUAAACAAAUGUGGUGAAGGCUAAAAAGAACAAAAAAUAAGCAACACCCUUCCCUGCCUAGAAAAUUAUGUAUAUUUAUCUCCAUGCACAUUUAACAAGGAUGAAAAAAAGAUUAUAAUAAAAUUUUAUAUAUAUAUAUAAGGUUGCAGAUGUUUUGCUUGUAAAGCCACUGCAAACCUUGUAGACUAAAUGUCAUUAAGCUUGAACUUGCUGUAUAAUCCAGAUCCAGUCACGUGUCUAAAACCUCUUUUAAACCCAUUUGGAAAUAUUCUACAAUAAUAAUUUGUAAUAAUUAUGCUCAUUUGGCAAAAAGAGGCUACAUAAAUUGUUACAUUCAGAGAUGCCAAUAAUUUCAAAAAGCAACUGUUUUUGUGUUUUCUCCAAAAGGCAAAGGGAGACACUGGGUUAACUUAUCUGUAGGGCUCUUUAUUAGUCUCAGUACCAGAUGCCUUGAGUUUUCCAAUGACAUCUGAUGAUAGGAAAUUUUAACUAUGGAAUUUAAUGGAGUGGAGUAUGACUGGGUCCUAUGGCUCACAUCACAUUUAAUCAUGACAUCCUGCCUGUACAGCCUCUCGCAGAGUCACUUUAGGUAAAAGUUGCUCUUAGCUUUACACUUCUUGGCUGUGAAAUGGCUGUUAAAAAGAAUGAAUCUGGAGUUGUCCUUCAAGAAUUAUACCAUGUUCAUUUAGUUUAUUCAUUCAAACCUUUUAGUAAACGACUCAAAUCUAGUUUGAAUUCCAGGCUUUUUCUGUUAUUCACAGCCCAUUGUUCCUGUGAUUUUCCAGAAAAAAAAAAAAAAAACAAUAACAUCCAUUUCAUAGCAGCAGGUAUAUAAAGUCAGGUAAUAUUGUAAUCAGGGUUAGAUAUACAUGUAACAGCAUUACAUAAUCAGGAUACAAAAGAGGUAACUAAUAUGUUAGUUACAGAAAAAAGGGAGUAAUAAGAUUACAUGUACAUUAUAAAAACAGGAUGGUUACUAGCAAAAUUACAUUAUCACAAAACAAGCAUGAUUUUUCAUAUGGCAAAAAUGUUUUUUUUCUUUGUCCUUUGAUUUUUAAAAAAUUUUUCCCCCCCUAACUUUCUCAGGCGAAAAUCACUCAACCUCACUCCACCAAUGUCUGCUGUCCUUGUAGUUGGCAUAGCAACACCCAAGUUAACUGGAUAGUUGGAAACCAGCAAGUAUAACUGAGACAAUGCUUCCUAGCUGGCCUUUGCAGGAAAUUGUAACUACGCCAUUGGCAUAUUCUUGGCAAUUUUAUGUCCCUUAGAAUGAAUAAUUUUGUCUCAUAAACAGUGCAGUUUUCCUGUAGUUUCUUUUAAAGAUGUCUUGUUGAACUUUGUUUGAAAUAAGUACUAACAGGAGUAUUUAAUAUGAGUUUAUAAAGACAAGUAAUCCAAGCGACAUGAAAAGUAAUGUUACUUUAGAUUAAGGUUAGGUUACAUUUUACACUUUGUGACAAUCAGUAAUCUGUUUUUAAAGUAACCCUUGUUGUAACACUGAUGUUUGUUCCCUCUUUACCCCAAAUUUAACCUGAGACAUGUUUAGUGUUUGAAGUUUGCUUUUUCAGAUUUGCACUGGAAUUACAAUGCUAACGCAGUUUGUAUGGUGCUUAUUCAAGCUUUCAUUAGACUACUUGUUAGCUACACACCCAUUAAGAAGCAAACUUUGCACACCAAACAUGUUUAUUCAGAAUGGAGGAGGUGGAUUUUGUUGCUUUGCAGCCUUUUUCUGACUUUGUGUCCCUCACUUAAAACACAAGCUGUGAGUUGAUUUGUGGAUUCUUUGUGCUUCUCCUGGUAUUUACCAUGAAUUGUGCCUUAUUGUUCUAUUUAUAUACACAAUAAAUUGUCUAGAAUGCAACUAGUGUGCAAUACGCUUUUGCUAUAAUAUGCUUUAAUUUAAAUUACAAAUAUUGAAAGAAAAUCUGUGUAUUCUGAAUUCUGUCUUUUAGAGGAGUUGUCCCCCAAAUUUUGUGAUUUGUGCAAAUUAAUGUAGCAAAUACUUGUUAAUCUCAUUUGUAUGGUUUAUAUUUGAUAGCUAAUCAAACCGCUGUCAAAUUUGUGUGAUUUUUUUUUUUUUUGUUAUUGGGAUAUGGUGAAUUGUUGGCUUAGGUCAUGAAAGGGAAGUUGGAGCAGCAAUGGAAUGAAGCAAGUGAUGAAAGGCAAAAUAAGGUUGAGAACUCUGUAUUCAUUUGAAUAAUUUGUUUUCAUAAAACACUGACAGAAGAAUUAUAUGAACAAAACUUCCAAACAGUAACGGUGAGGAAUGGUGUAAUUAAAUGAAAAUGACAGCA